GUGCUUGUUCGAGUGCAUAUCGAUAUCUGGACGGCGUCCACACGCAGUCUGCCCACACUGACUGAUUGGAUCCACCCCACCUGACUGACCUGACAGGCACACGAGCGAACACUUACUUCACUGCGUCCAUAGACAACAAAAUUGACACGCAGACACGCACAGAGACACAUCAGGCAGGCAGGCCGGCAGGAAAGAGCCUGAAUGACGCCUGAAUGAAUGAAUGAAUGGGUCGCACACAAAAUGCGCAUCCGUGCUGUAGGGGACACACACACACACACACACACACACACAGAGAGAGAGAGAGAGAGGGCAGGUAUUCUACACCCACGAGGAGCAAUAGGUUAGAAAAGAACCGUGUUACACCAUUGUUGCAAGAGCAGAGCACGUGUGAGCAUCAAUCAGCAGCACGUGCCGGCGGGAGAGCAGCCAUUCUGCUGCUGCUGCUGCUGCUUCUGCUUGUGACCACCGCCCUCUUCGUGUGCCACCCACUUCUCGCGCAAGACCUCACCGAGCCGUGCGGCAGCUGACACACACACACACACACACACACACACAUGAAAGGAUGGAUGGAUGGAUGGACACCAGAGACACACAGAUGGACACGUGUGUGUGUGUGUGUCUGUGUGUCUGUGUGUCACAUGCCUGUGUCGAGUUUGGCCUCAUCGACGCAGCAGAAAGCAAUGCGCACAGCGGGGGAGGGCUUGUUGGUGAACGAGAAGAAGUUUCCUGCACACACACACAACACGCAACACACAGCACACAACAGACAGCACACAGCACAUAACAGACGAUGAGGACACACUGCACACACACACACACACAUGGACACAUACCUGGCGCGACGAGUAUUCUGUGUUUAAGUAGGUCCGGGAUGAUGGCGGCGCUGUCCUCCACCGGCAGCCGAAACGACGGCCACAGAAACAUCCCUGUCGAAGGAACCACACACACCACACACACACACAGAGAGAGAGAGAGAGACAGCGGUGUGUUUGGUGCAAUUGUGAGUGCACAGGCGUAGACACACACUCACACACACCUGCCACAGGAAUGUCCAUCAUGGCGAGGUGCUCGCCGCAGUGCUUCACCAGCGAGCUGACCAGCUGGUCGCGGCGCUUCCUGUGAGCACACAAACACGCACACACACACGCAUGAAUCCCUCUCUCUCUCUCUCUCUGUGUGUGUGUGUGUCUGUGUGCGAUUGUACCAGUAGAGAAACUGCAGAUCUCUCACGUGUCUGUCGAAGCCCUCGAUGCCCCAGUCACGCAGCAGCGAAUACACCACCGUCUGUGUGACACACACACACACACACACACACGAUGGGGAUGUGUGUGUUUUGGUUGUGCAGCUAUACUGCCUGACCUGUGCCAUGGCGCUCUGUGUGGGUGCACAGCUGGUAUAGGCGUAAUACUGCGUUGUGAAGGCCUUGCUGGCCGUGCACUGAUCACACACACACAUACCAUACACACACAACACAGGGAGAGAGAGGGUGAGAGUGAGAGAGAGACUGUGUGGUGUGGUGCCCAGUACUCACCCAGCCCGUCCGCAGUCCGGGCGCCACACACUUACUGAAAGUGUCCACACGGAUCUGCUCUCAGAUAGACAGACAGACCGAUGACAGACAGCGGCGCUGUGCACACGAACGUCUCUCUGUCUGUCCUCGGUCUGUCUGUGUGUGUGUGUGUGUGUGCGUGUGUCAGGUACCACUCGGCCAUCGAUGUCAAAGCUCAGAAAGGACCGCUGGCCUGAAAACACACACACACACACACAUGAAUGCCGGUGCAUGUGUGUGUGUGUGUGUGUGUCAUUACUGUAGGGAUCGUCGACGAUCGCCGUCUGUGUGGGCGGGGGCGCCUUGAGAGACAAGAGGCCUGUCCACCCACACACAUCCAUCCAUCCACCACACACACGUUUCUCUCCACGAGAGGGAGAGCCUAGCUUCGCGCGUGUGUGGGUGCAUGCCCGCGCCAAGCCGACCCACCAGGGCACUUGUCGGCAGUGUAAGUCGCUCCUUCAUGGUAAGAGGGGUACCGCAGGAACCAGUAGGGGUCGUCCUCGAUGACCACCAUGUCAUACGCCUGUAAGCAAUGUGGUGGACAGACACAAUAUGUCGAUGUGCGUCGUGUGUGGUGUGUUGUCACCCUGGCCACGGCAUAAAGCUCGAGUAUCCGCUGCUCGCUUGUGACCUUGCCCUCGGGGUUCGAACCGACCUGUCCCAUGUCAUUGGAUUGCGUGUGUAUCUCUCUCUCUCUCUCUAUGUGUCUGUGUGUGUGUGUGUGUGUGCCGACAUACCGGAACGACAUAGAGCGCCUUUGGCUUGCCUCUGCCGGCAGCUAUGUAGCUCUCGCAGGCCUGAAGACACACAUCAACACACAGCACAGUGAGUGCUCGGUAAGACUCUCACGCACACCCCCACGCACCUACCUCUCUGAGUGCCUCCGGGAUGAUGCCCAUGUCGUCGCUCUCGACGUUGAUGACCUCGUUGAUGUAGGGCCGGAAGGCCAGCAUCGUCGUCGAGUAGGCAUGCUCGUCCGCAAAGACACCAUCAGCUGCACAAACAAUCACAUUACACUCCCAGAGAGAGAGGCUCGCGUGUGUGUGGGGUGGGGUGGGGUGGGGUGGGGGGGACUUGGGUUGAAGACGAUGCUGGCGAUCUUGUCGAGGGUGUCGCUGUUGCCCGCCGUCAAGAUGGUGUCCAGCACUGACACACACACACAAACACACACACACACACAUAUACACAUACACAUACACAAAGAUAGGUAGACAGAUGUGCACAUGCAGGCCGCCGACCAGGGCCGUUUUUCUGUUCGUGGUGGCCGUUGGUGGUGGCGGUGGUGGUGGUGGUGUUUGUGCCGUUGACGAAGGGUGGUCGGGCGAAGGGCAGCACCGGCUGGUGGAACUCCAUCUGCACACACGUGACGUGCGCACAGACGGACAGACAGACAAUCUGCCCUUUGUUGCGAAAAAGAGUGUUCCUUUAUGCCUUGCAAGGACUUCCACUCACCAUAAACUUCUGCGCCCACUCUCUCAGCGGCUCGCAGCUGCCGUACUGCUGGGCACUGCACCCCCCCAACGCCCCCACGCCAAAAGAGAGAGAGGUGUGUGCGUGUGUGUGCGUAUCCAUGCAUCCAUCCCCCUUCACGAGUACGCACGUACUUGUAGAGCAUCUUGGGGUCGUCAACCGUGACUUUCACCUUCUCUGCACUGCUGCCGUCGCCAACUCCCCUGACAGUCAGCUCGAUGGCCUCGAUGGGGAAGGCCUCGGCGGGCGGCAAACCGCCCGCAAGCAAUAUCGCCUUCUCGCGCUCGUGCGAUGGCAUCUGGCACACACAAAGACAGAAAGACAGAGUGACGUGACUCAUGUCAUCAUGUCGGUCGAUGAGAAUCCUCUCUCUGUGUUGUGUGUCCUCCUUUCUUCGCUCACUCACUUGGAAGAUGGGUCUGUGAAGGCCGACGAGCUGGUUCUCGAUGCGGCGAGAUACCCUCUGUGUGCAGUGUCCACACACACACAAUGACACACACACACAGCUGCACUCAUCUGUCUGUCUGUCUGUCCGUCGUGUGUCGGUGUGCAUGCGAUGACGGCGUUGGUACUUCUGCGAAUGCAUCUUCCCAUCUGAGCGGCUUGGCGUUGGCGAUAUGGGCGGACAGCAGCGACGAAGAUGAAGACAUCCUGACAGACAGCUGGAAGGAAGACCUGCACACUCGACACACAUACAGUGCACACACCUGUCCAGUGCCGGGCAGGCACCAGCAUUGAUUGGGCUGCAUGUUUCUUUCCUACCAAUGAAUGCAAUGUGAGAUCCGGUUGCUUCUGUUUGGGUCGCGUCCAGAGCAGCCGAUCU